AUGACAGUCAAGAGAAAAAGGACCUCGGAUGUCAUCCCUGGUCAGGGCGUCAGCACCAAUACCAGUAUCAGAAGGCCCAGCUUGGGUUGGGGAGCUUGGGAGAAAUACCAUCAACAUGGCCAGGAUUUGGCUCGAAAGGGCAAAUAUGAAGAAUCCAUUCAAGUCUUGAGCGAGGCACUCCUGCCAAAGAAUGCAGAUACAGUGCAGAUUAUGGACAGCCGGUCUGCUGUCUAUUGCAAGAUGGGCCUGUAUGAUAAAGCCCUUAGUGAUGCAAAGCACAUGAUCAGAGCUGCUGCUAAGGAUGAGCGGGGAUAUCUUCGUGCCGGAAAGGCUCUUCUUUUGGCUGAAAAACCAGAAAAGGCCCUCGAUGUGUAUGCGUAUGGUUUGAAGACUCUUGGAGAACAACAUUCUCAAAAGAAGAUAUUUCAGUAUUUACCAUUUCGACAGAUAGUCUCCCUGACACGCGUCUCCAAGACCUGGCGUGUCUAUAUCAAGGAUCAGCAAGUUCUGUGGAGCGACAUCUCUUUUAAAGGCCCUAAAUCUGCAACUCCUGAUGCCAUAAAAGUCUGCAUUCGCAACUCUCAGAAUCGAGUCAAAAGAUUGCAGCUGCAUAAUGUGAGAGACCCUUUGAAUGCUGCGCAGCAGGCCUCGCGAUGCCCACGGCUUGAACAUAUCGACAUUGACGGAGUCUUGGCGGAGCAUCACAUCUUCAACCUCUUUCACAUGAAACAGACUCUGAAGACAAUGAUCUUGUCGGAAAAGAUACCUCUCUGUGACCACAUGCUCCGGACCAUGCUUGGACUACCGAAUCUUGAACGCGUAGAGGUUCGUCGACUUCAGAUCGAACCGAGCAGUCCGAAACCAGAGGUGGGGGUCCUCCCUAAUCUUAAAGCUUUGGCAUUUGACAUGAGGCCCAAGCAUCUUUCUAGUCGACCUCUUUUUUUUAAGCCUUUUUGGGUCCCAGAAGACAUACCAGAUGUAGCUGCCAUGGCUGAUCUCAAAUCACGAAGCACGUUUUUUGACCAGGUUCCAAAUCUCCAAGAACUCCGUCUGGUUGCAAGUGACACCCACCUAAGCGUUUUCCUUGAUGAGAUGUGCCACCCCAAUUUGCGUAUCCUUGCCCUUUCAAACCUUGCAUUGCACGGUGUAUGGAACUGUCCAGAGACCGUGGAGCAUUUGCACCUUACUGAGUGCGAUAUAAUACUGAACUCCGAGAUACCCGCUGCACCCCUGAAGCUACCGCAUCUCAAGUCCCUUGUUUUACGAGGAAUUAACUGCUUCCACUUUCGUCUUUCAGAGAUCCUCCAGAACACCACCGGGUCAUUGGAGAUCCUCGAACUCGUGGAUUGCCACAAGGCUUCGCUGAUGGACAUCGUACAAACAAACAAGGAUAAAUUCAAGAACCUGAAAAAGCUUCACCUCACUGGAGUGGAUUUUUAUAGCCUUGAAAAUUCAGCGAUGCUCACUAUACUUGAGACGAUGCCACAGCUGAAAGAGCUCCAUAUUCCGCAUCUGACGAGAGUUACGGGAUUGUUGAUAAGGAAGAUUGUGGAGGGKGUGGUUGUUCCUCGUGUCGAAUUACUCAAUUUGAAAGGGUGUCAUGAUGUCUCGGUUGAAGCAGUUGAGUAUGGGCGAGCGAAAGGGCUCAAGAUUAUAAGAUGCUGA